AUGAUGCUUGAAAACUUACCUGACCGCAGCAAGAAGCGCGACAGGGACGACGUGUUUGGUCCCUCCCUCCUCACAUCCCAAAAAUGUGUCAACUACAACAAAGACCAACCUCAAAGCCAUGCUAAACAUCACACGCCCUCGAAAGCGUCUGCAGAAACAACAGCGACAACAGCACCAAAGCCAACAAUGGCCAUUGGGCCCAAAGACUGCCCGGACUGCAAGCCUGGUGAGACCAACGGGCGAUGUCCUAAGCACAAGAAACACAACAACCCUGGUCGCAACAAGCGUAAGAGAGAAGCGAAGGAAAGAUUGCUCAAGAAUCCCUUUAAAGAUCUGUCCAAGCCUGUGAUUGAUGAACACAGCUUUGAGCACCGCGAUAACAACAUCUCAACAACACAACAACAAGAGUACAGAAUGGCAAGGUCAAUCUCGCCCGAGGGAGGUGUUGCUAUCGAUGAAGAAACUCUGGCGAAGCUGCGCAGCCAUCACCACAGCACGCUCGGCUGUGACGGGGAUUCCAGUGGCGAUGGUUUAAGCCAUGAUGAUUCUCAUGAUGAUCGUUCCCCUUAA